CUCCUCGGUCCGCUCGCAGCGGUGCCUUCCCUGCUCCUCCCGCCUCCCGCCCCAGAAAUGAUUCCGGAGCCCCGCUCCGCGGGUUCUUUUGUUUCUUUGUUUUAAUGACAGUUCCCAGCCCUCGGGCAUGUCGUGCGCAAUUAAUUCCCUGGCUCCCUGGAAGGCAGCUGGGCGCGCAGAGCGGACCUGCAGCUGUAGCAGCAGCGGUGUGGCCGGGAGCUAGCCAGGACUCGCCAGCGUAUCCUCCUGGGCUUUUCCAGACUCCUCGGAAAUUAAGGAAUGCGAUUCCGCCACCAUGAUGGAAGGACUGAAAAAACGUACAAGGAAGGCCUUUGGAAUACGGAAGAAAGAGAAGGAUACUGACUCUACAGGUUCCCCCGACCGAGACGGCACUCAGGGGAAAAAACAGGCCCAGAAGACCCAGCUCCUCCUCAGCUCUUGCUUCUGGUUCAGAGCCCUCUCCUUAACUCUGUCUCAGCAGCCCAGCCCACAUGAGCCUCCGUACAGUUACAAAGCAGAGUGCGUGCGGGAAGGAGCAAAAAAAGCUUCGAAGAGAAGCAACGGAGCACCUAAUGGAUUUUAUGCAGAAAUUGAUUGGGAGAGAUAUAACUCGCCUGAGCUGGACGAAGAAGGCUACAGCAUCAGGCCCGAGGAACCCGGCUCUACCAAAGGAAAGCACUUCUACUCCUCCAGCGAGUCGGAGGAGGAGGAGGAGUCGCACAGGAAGUUCAACAUCAAGAUCAAGCCUUUGCAAGCCAAAGACAUCCUUAAGAACGCGGCCACUGUGGACGAGCUGAAAGCAUCCGUAGGGAACAUCGCGCUGUCCCCAUCGCCCGUGGGUGCAAUUAAAAGGAACUUAUCCAGUGAAGAAGUGGCGAGACCCAGGCGCUCCACGCCGACUCCAGAACUCCUAAGCAAAAAACCUCCAGAUGACACCGCGGCCCUGGCACCCCUCUUCGGCCCGCCCCUGGAAUCGGCUUUUGAUGAGCAGAAGACAGAAGUUCUUUUAGAUCAGCCUGAGAUAUGGGGUUCAGGCCAACCAAUUAAUCCAAGCCUGGAGUCACCAAAGCUAACGAGGCCUUUUCCCACUGGAACACCUCCACCACUGCCUCCGAAAAAUGUCCCAGCCACCCCACCUCGCACAGGCUCCCCCUUAACGGUUGGACCAGGAAAUGACCAGACAGCCACAGAGGCCAAAAUCGAAAAGCUACCAUCCAUCAAUGACUUGGACAGCAUUUUUGGCCCGGUGCUGUCCCCCAAGUCCGUUGCUGUUAACACUGAAGAAAAGUGGGUGCAGUUUUCGGAUACGUCCCCGGAGCGUGUUACCCCAGAGCUGACUCCAAGGGAAAAGGUGGCUUCCCCCGCGGCCGCUUCAGACAACCCGGCCGGCUCCCCAGCUCCAGGCUCUCCUGGGCCCCCGGGACCGCCGGGUCCUCCCGGGCCUCGCACUGUACCAUCUCCGCUCAAUCUAGAAGACGUGCAGAAGAAAGUGGCGGAGCAGACCGGCAUUAAAGAUGAUUACUUAGAAGCCAUCUCAUCUCCUAAGGAUUUUGGGUUGGCACAAAGAGCAACGCCACCUCCCCCGCCACCACCCACCUACAGGACCGUGGUCUCGUCCCCGGGGCCUGGCUCGGGCAGUGGGACCGGGACCGCCAGUGGUACGUCUUGGGGUGCGUCGUCGCCUGCCCGGCCAGCCACUCCCUCGGGUCCUUGCAGUGGAAGCAGCACCCCACCACCACCUCCUCCCCGACCUCCAUCACGACCAAAGCUGCCUCCAGGGAAGCCUGGAGUUGGAGACAUGUCCAGACCCUUUAGCCCGCCCGUUCAUUCCUCCAGCCCUCCUCCGAUAGCACCCUUAGCCCGGGCUGAAAGCACCUCUUCAAUAUCGUCAACCAAUUCCCUGAGUGCGGCCACCACUCCCACUGUCGUGUCAGAAGAUGAUGUUUUUUAUGACAAACUGCCCUCGUUUGAAAGGCGCGGUGACAUGCUCGCAGAGAAUGAACAGCCUUCCCUCGUCUGGUUUGACAGAGGAAAGUUUUAUUUGACUUUUGAAGGUUCAUCCCGGGGACCCAGCCCCCUAACCAUGGGGGCCCAGGACACCCUCCCAGUAGCAGCGGCUUUCACAGAAACCGUCAACGCUUACUUCAAAGCUGCGGACCCCAGCAAAUGUAUCGUGAAGAUUACUGGAGAGAUGGUAUUAUCUUUUCCUGCUGGCAUCACCAGACACUUCGCUAACAACCCAUCCCCAGCGGCCCUGACUUUCCGGGUGAUAAAUUUCAGCAGGUUAGAACACGUCCUGCCAAAUCCCCAACUUCUCUGCUGUGAUAACACACAGAAUGAUGCCAACGCCAAGGAAUUCUGGGUAAACAUGCCAAAUUUGAUGAUUCAUCUAAAGAAAGUGUCUGAACAAAAACCCCAGGCUACCUAUUACAAUGUGGACAUGCUCAAAUACCAGGUGUCGGCACGGGGCAUUCAGUCCACUCCCCUGAACCUGGCAGUGAACUGGCGAUGUGAGCCCACCAGCACCGACCUGCGCGUCGACUACAAGUACAACUCGGACGCCAUGGCCACCGCGGUGGCCCUCAACAACGUGCAGUUCCUGGUCCCCGUAGAUGGCGGGGUGACCAAGCUCCAGGCUGUGCUCCCCCCGGCCGUCUGGAAUGCUGACCAACAGAGAAUACUGUGGAAGAUCCCCGAUAUCUCCCAGAAGUCAGAGAAUGGAGGGGUGGGCUCUCUCUUGGCAAGAUUUCAGUUAUCCGAAGGUCCCAGCAAACCUUCCCCGCUGGUGGUGCAGUUCACCAGUGAAGGCAGCACCCUUUCUGGCUGCGACAUUGAACUUGUUGGAGCAGGGUAUCGAUUUUCACUCAUCAAAAAGAGGUUUGCUGCAGGAAAGUACUUGGCGGAUAACUAAUCAAGUCUUUCACAAGGAUUCAGAGAAGUCUCACACUCCAGCACCGUGGUAUGAGAACCAGGUUUUAACUCCGGCUGGAUGGGAACACACUCAGAUCUGCGGGUGGGAGGGGGCUACCCGCAAGCCCAUGAUGUGGGGCGCUGCUGGCCUCACUGGUACCGUGGUGACCGAUCCUACAGUAUUUACUUCUAGGUGUAAUAUUGUUACUGGUUUUAAAAUGUAAUUAUUGUAUUUGUAAAUUGUACUCAUUCUGGUAAGGCAGUUAGACCCUUGAGUUUUACAUUUUACUAUUCCUGAAGCGGAUGUAAUUUAAACUGUGGUAUGUAAAUUUAACAGUAGUACUGUCUGAAUGGCGCAAUGCUUCCAGAGGUACCCUGUAUUUUGUCAGUACAUAAAAUUUAAAUAUAAUGUGGAAAGCUGUCAGGAAGGGGGUGCCAAAUAUUAAAAAAAAAAAGCUUAAAUGGAAUCAGGCAGAAAAAAUUGCUUUUCUUCAGUCUUUAGUAUCUUUUACUCUAGUGCUAAAUGAAAGUUCAGCCUUCGAAUGUUGAGUGGGUUAAAUUCAAGAUACUAUUUCAGAAAAAAAAUUCUAAGGUUACAGCAUAUUCAAAGAAAAGCACUAAUUACCACUUUUUAAAAGCUUUUUUUUCAAACUGCAAAUUUCAUAAAAACGCAAACUGUAAACAGGGCCUCUUAUUUUUAUAACUUAUGUAAAAAUGGGAAAGCAAUUCAUAUUUAAAGUUUAAGUAUAUUAAAUUAUAAUCAAGAGUAACGAAGUGGUGAAGUCUUCGCUACUUCCCCUCUCUCUACAGCUUAGCAAAUGUGGAGAUUUAGUCAAACUAAAACCAAAAUUGAGAUUUUAAGUUUUCAAGACUUUCCAUAAUGGAACUGGUUAACAACUUCUGCACGAUUAUUCUGAGCAGAUGGUCGCUCCCCGACUGCAGGGAGAAGGAUACCUCAAGUCUUCCUCUUUACCCACAGGAAUAAAAAUAUCAAGACCGAGGUUCUUAGGGGGAAAAAUACUUUUUAUUUCCUAUUUCAGUCCAGAAGGAGAAUUUUAAUUGUCAUCAUUUAUACCCUAUGGAAGGAACAAAUACGGUUUAAAAUUGAAUUCUGUUCACGUUAUUGUGCAAUAAAUUUCCUGUUGGAUAAUUCAGAUUCAUAUUUGUAUAAAAUGCAAAUCUCUUGUCAUUCUUGGGGAAUCAAGAGAAGACUUUUCCAAGCCAUUUCACUGUUACAAAAUACAAUAAAGACUGCAAUUCUUCAGUCGGGAAAUCAAGGGAGAACAGUGCGGGCUGUACCGGUUGUAAAACCUUCCUGGUUACCUUCCAAACAUCAGCCUUCGUUUAAAUCAAAAGCGUGUUUUAAACACAACCAAUCCCUCUUCUAGACUAUCUGAUUAAAUUACUAGAAUCAAGCAGUUUACCAUUCGUUGCUAAAUUUCAUCCUCUAGUCGCUCAAAUUAGACAAAGAAACUUUAAGUUUUGGAAUCAAGUUAAAUUUUUUAAGUCUUAUCUUUAAAACGAGAUUGUGACAAGCAGUUGUUUGUAGUGGAACUUUUAAAAUUAGUAUUUGUACUGUUUAGUCAGUGCACCAAGAUAUAUGCAAAAAGGUGGGAUUUACCUUCACAGGUUCUUAGGAUUCAGACUCUCACCCGACUCCCCAUAGCAUUCUGGUAUUGAAGGUUUUUUCAACAAAUUAAUUAAUACACCCAUUUUAAGUAAAGAUACUCAAUUUGGUUUUGAAACCAAAAUAGAACAUUACAAAACAAAGCUUACAUCCCGUGAAGCCCGUGGAAAUUUAGAACACAAAAACCAACAAAUGGUAAGCAGCAAAAAACUAGAAUUAUCCAGCAUACGAAUAUAAACAUGUGUUUUUAAGUAAUCAGUUCAUGAAAAACAUACUGAAUAUUAACAAAGCAUAUUAAAAUCUGUAAAUAUUACUGGUUCUCAUGUCUUUCUCUUGAUAUAUUAUUUUAUAUAGAUUUAGACUGAAUUAGUAAUUAAACACAAGGGGUUUUUUUUCAAAGAAAUUUUGUUGAUAUUAUAAAAGUGUAAAUAAAAGUAGGUUUGAGUAGUCCCUCACACGAUUCACAUGUUUGUGGGAGCUAACUUUGAAGCUAUAAAGAAAUCUAUGAUCCCACAAUUGGUCUUUCUGAAGCAGAAUAGAUUCAGUGAUUUCAAAAAGUACCAAAGCUGAUAACCAGAACCUUAGUAGACAAGGUGCCCGCCCUGCAUGCAGAGGGGGCUGGCGGGAGCCAGACUGCAAUGUUUUGUUGUUUUUUAAUUCGUGGGUUAUAAUCUCCUGCUGCACCCACAUCCUCAGUGCUGAAGAACAAGAAUCCAUGCUCUGGAAAACAACCCUUGUCCAUGCCAGAGUCUCAGUUAUAAAGACCUCGCUGUCAAGUUAGGGUCCCUAUCAGACCAGGCUACUCCAGAGCCCUGCGAUCCUCAAAGCCAGGGUUUAAAAUAGCAAGAAAGGAUUCUGGUUAAGGAGUGCAUCACUUCCUGCAAAUGAUAACUUUAAAAAGCUCUGCUCUAAAACUAUAGAAAGUAUCAAUGAUGCUAGUUUGUUUUUAGAACAUGGAAAGUAUGUUUUUCUCUUCAUUAAGCCCAUAUUUCAUGAAAUUUUUUAAAGGAAAUCAUCAUCGAUGACCUGAAUUUUAUCAGAAUUGGAAUUUAUAAUGGCUAAGAAUUAAACUUUUAAUUUUUUAAAAAAGGUAUUUUUGCAUGGAAACUCAUUGUGUAGUCUUUGAGAAUAUUUCACCUCUUAAGAAAGAAUGGCCACAUACAGGUGGUUUUGAUUGAAUAUAUGCAUAGGAAUGUCUUAGAAGGCAAAAUACCGAUAUUCUUGUUUAUAUAUAUAUAUAUGUAUAUAUUUUUUUAACUCGGUCUUAAUCCGCAAAGUACUUGAGCCAUAAUCACACACAUUUCCAUUUCAAAUUUUCUUUUCAAGGAAGCAUAUAACCACACUAGUCAGCCCCGGGUCCUGCCCCGUGACCUCCCAUAAACCAGCUGUUCCAGUUUCUCUGCUCAGAGUGAGCGGGCAGGACUCGAGUGGUUUUCAAGCUUUCUGUAAUAAGACUUUAUAAAUAAAAUUGUCCAUAGAAUCCUAGUAGGCAAAACCUCUCCAGACAGUGGAAGGAGCUUCUCUAGCAGUCUAAUUUAAACACAGUGACAACACAUAAGUCAGAUUCAAAGUGUCUUCCAACUCUGAGGUUCCACAGUUCUACUGCUCUCAGAUAAACCAGCUCUUAAGGCUUCAUAAAUAAAUGUGUACAGUCACAGUUAUUGACUGAUACACAAUAAACAUGGCCAUAUACUUGAGCGAUUUUUUUUUUUUUUUUUUGAGACAGGGUCUUGCUAUGUAGUUCAGGCUGACUUGAACUCACUAUGUAGCCCAGGCUGGCCUCGAACUUGGAGUGAUCCUCCUGCCUCAGCCUCCCCAGUGCUGGGAUUACAAGCAUGUGCCACCAUUCUGAGUAGCUCAUUUAACUAUAAAAAUCCCACAAUUCUGAGACUAUUUUUAAUUUCUACUUAUUUACAAUGACAUUGAGGCUCAGGCAGAUUAAUUAAUUUGUCCAAGGUGACACUACAACCUGAUUAUCUUGACAGAAGAGAAUGACCUGUUUGCUCUGUCCGUUCUGGGAAGUCUGUUUUGUCUGUUUUAUUUGACUGUCUGUACUCCACUUGAAUUCCAGGGUGAAGGGCAGUACUUGGAUUGAAAUGAGGAUAAUUUCAAUAACAAAACUGUCAAAAAGAAUCAGUGUUCCUUGAAGUGUGAUAUGCAGACCACUUACAUUCUCAAAUGAGAGACAGUGAUUGGACCAAGCCAUGACUCCUUCCCCGCAGCCUAAAAUGCAGUGAUGUCAAUCAGUUUAACUGAGUUACUCAGUCUCUAGGGGUGAGACCUGGGAAUGUGAUAUCGAUAAGCACCCCAAACUCAAGAAUCAUUGCCCUUACAGAUCUCUAAGGUCUUUUUUGAGUUCAGACAUUGUUUCAUAUUUGAAACACUGAAUUAUAACUUGAAUACUAUUUUUACAGUUUCAUUCUAUCCUCUGAACUUCCUUCAAUCUUAGAAGGAAAAAAUGGGGCACUUCCUCCCAAGGAAAAUCCCUACUCUCUGUGCUUUCCUGUUUCUCUCCUCUCCGCAGUGGCCUGAAGUGCGCUCCCCCGUUUGAAUAUUCCUGUCCUUUUUCGGUGUCUUAGGAGACCAAGGGGUGGGAGGCAAGUGACACGCUGUCCCUCAGCCCACUGUAAAGUCCUUUCCUCGAAAGGGACGCGCAGGCCUCCCACUUGGGAGUGGACUUUACUUAUUUUGUAGGCUUUGCCUUUACAAGCGCCUCUGAGGACCCCACUCUAAGAGUUAUAGCUUCAUUUUUGCAUUCUUUGUUCAGAAUGGUCAUGGGUUGUUGAUUCAAAUAGAGAUACAGUAAAAUAUGCAGAUGGCUACUGAAGGGCUGAGUGUGUGUGUCCUCAUCUGAGCUUUCUUUUCCCCAAAAGAGUACUCAUCUGAGCAAAAUCCCAUUUGGGGUCAAGGAGCCCAUUUUGGCCCUGGAUAUGCUGAUCAGCAGUUUUUUAAGAAAGGAAAGCAGGAUUUUUUAAUAACGUUAAAAUUGGGGUGGGUUCUAAAUACAGCUUUAAACUGUAAUAGACUUCCAUGAAGUGAGCAAAGCAGACCACACUACGUUAAUGAAACAAACAGCCCAAGACACUGGCCCACCUCCUGCCCUUCACUAAAAAUUCUGCUCUCUAAAGUAUGUAUCUUGUUUUCCCCACUUUUUUAGGGCAUUUAAUGUUAAAUUUCAAUGACGGAAGGUAGAAAGGAAAAGGAGAUCGGAGUAAAGUGUUUAAAGUCUCCAAAUAGAUAAACCAAGGACAGAGCAUUAGCAGGUGUUCCAUCAUCUGUGGGAUGCAGGACUGGAUUUUAAAUAUUGCAUUGGAAAUUAAGUCUCCUUCCUCGUAAAGUGUCACAUCUUCGUAUCUAUUAGGGUGAUCGCGGUGAGACUUUAGUUGACUGGCCCUUGUGUUUAAUAGCUGGUUUCUGGCCGGGGAUAUAGCUUGGUGGUGUAAGCGCCUGCCUGGCAAGCAUGAGACCGUGAGUUCGAUUUCUGGCACAAAAAAAAAAAGCUGAUUUCUGUCUUACUGGAGUAAUCUUAGAGAACAAGCUCUAGCUGGCUGAUUUUCAACAGGAGGAAUUUAGACUCCAUUUUAAAGUUAUUUUCCCCCUGACGCACAGUAUUUCUGACUCCCUCUUUCUGUCUUUAGAGUAGGGCAUCACCCGUCCUAAGUACACUUCCCACCUUGUAAGAAAAGAUAUUUCAACGAAAAGUGAAUAUACGUAAAUGUUCCUAUGUCAUAAAGAAGAGAAGUAAAGUUGGUCAGGCCGUGUUCAGCAGUACCACAGUGUCUCCCGGUCCCAUUAAUUCUGCCAAAUACUCACUGCAGUCUGAGGACAAACUGUCCUGUAGGGCCCUCCGCGUUCUUGGAUACUGACAAGAAAUGUUGUGUUUUAAUGCAGCUUCAGGAGGCUCCUAGAUCAGGAAGACUUUAUUUCUAAGCACCCCUUGAAAACACUUCGGGAAAUUUUCCUCUUAACACUAAUUUAGGUGUCUUUCAAAAACGUCAAAUAAUAGCAUCAAGAAUGCUUUGCGAAGAUGUUUCUAGGAUGUUUUUAACUGUAAGAGAAAGCCUGCCAUUUCAUGGGAACUGCUGUUUUUCUAGUGCCUCUAAGUGAAUUUGACUUCGUCAUCUAAAAUACACGAGAAAUGAAUUCUCUGUAGUUUUUUAGUAUUAUCUUAUACCUUUGGCCAGCACACGGUGCCCCUAUUUGUUAAAGAUGUUCAAAUUCUUGGCAAUAUGGAAUAGUUUGCUAAGCAGCUUUAAGAAACUGAUCUUCACAAGUGAAUAUUGACAGUCUUUGUACAUAAGCUUGUUAAAAAAAACUGUAUGAAAAACAUGUUAGCUCCUGCUAAGAGCAGCGAGCUAUUAUCCGGCAGGGGAUACGAGGGUUCUAAGGUACAUGCCAGGGUGAUUUUUGAUAAUUUUACAAACUUUCCUUUUUUACAUAAACUUACCAUGCUUCCUUUAAACCAAAUCCUGGGUCAAUUGUCGGUAAAGUGUGAAGCUGAAUCACUUGACAGUCUCCUAAGUACAGUUUAAUGUUUUAAUCUACUCAGAAUUCAUAAAUCAUAAGCCACCAAUAACUUCAAAAUAUUUCAUUGAAUGUGGAUACCAUACAAAUGUCAGCUCCCCCUCACUCCAUCUUACAUGACUUUGUUGUCAUUUUUCUGGCCAAAAAAUGCUUCGUGCUUUCCUAUAUCAUCAUUUCAAAGCAUUUUAGGUAAUACACCAAACAAUUAUCACAGGGACCUCCGUCACAGUAGCCAAAGCCACAUGUUUUCCUUCCCCUAGACGUCCUAGCAUGACAGUUGUCACAGUUACGUUGAUUCUGCAGCUCAGCCUCUAGCUUGCAGGUGACUGUGCCUAAGGAGCACCUGCCUGUCCCCCAUCUCUCUUCCUAAGGCCUCUUCCCUUCCCUCCUCUUCUUCCCCUUCCCGGUCCUCCUCCCCUUCUUUCCUCCCUUUCUCCUUCUCCCUCUCCAGCCCCCCAUACCACCUUCUCUCAGCCUAAAACAAAGGUAAUUGGAAAAUUGCUGCGCAGUAAUCUUUCCUGAAACAGCCUGAGUUAUUACGAUGGUAACGCAGUCUUAUCUAGGAGCAGAGUUUUCCUGCAGGCCAAGCAGCGAUUUACAGAGGUGGCUCUGUAAGCUGUCUGAACGCCGCUGUGUUCCACUCUAAAAGAAUUUUUUUUUCACUCUCUUAGGAAUGUAUCUAUGUAAAUGAAAUGUUGAAUUUUUAACUUUCCUUGCUAUUAAGUGGCAAUGUAAACCAUUGAUUUAAAAAACAAAAACUUGUACUUUACCAAUAAGGAGCUAGGAAAAGAAUCUCAGAAAAUUUUGCUAGUUCUAAUGAUAAUGAAAUGCAGCCAGAAAAGGAGAGGACCAUCCUAUCCUUGUGAACUUGAGAGUAUCAGUGACCCAUGUGGCAAAAGUACACUGAAUUGCUUUGUCAUCUUGUAACUGAGAAUAUAACUUCACAAAAUACCUCCUGCGUAAAAUAUUCAUAAAAGGCAUUGUGGAUCACAACACUCAAGAUGCAUUUUAAAUUUAGUCUGACUGUCGCUGCCUCGAGGUUUAUUCCUACAUGCUCGAUUCAGUCCAGUUUCCUGAUAGCCAUUACUGCUGGCCAGGGAGGGGAGCUCCGCUGUGUCUAUGCAGCCCUCUGAAAACCAGCCCUGCCACCCAGGCUCGAUUCCUCCCAUGGUUUACAGGGAGCUUCAACUUGUGGAAGGGAAUCAUGAAACCAUCUUAAUGUUACUUGCCUUAUACGUUAGGAAAAGUGUGGAUAUCACCUUUCUGUAAAUAAUGAUUUUUAUAAACUUCUUUUCCCUUCAUGAUUUUCCCGGUCACCCAUUUCACAGAAUCUUGAAUAUGCAAGUCUUUAUCAUGACACAGUCCUGCAGAUAGGUUUCCCAUUUUGAAUCAAGUUGAAUUCUACAUGUGAGUAAGUUGUUAUUGAAAUGUGAUUUUUUUUUUCUGGAAAAUAAAUGGGGAAAAAUGAAAAUAAAUGAAAUUGUGAAUCUC